CUUUAAUUCUUUCAACGGGUUCCGAAUUAUCCGCGUUAAGAGCGGAAGUCGAACGACUGAAGACAAAUGAAGUUCAACAACUUAGAGAGGAGCUGGAACGACUAAAGAUAGAUAGAAUUGAUAAGGAAUCGAGUAUUCAACUCCUUAAAACGGAGGUGGAGCGAUAUGGAAAGUUAAUUAUUGGAGGACUUGCUAAGAAAUCGGAUAUACAAGCGGUUAGAGAGGAGCUGGAACGACUGAAGAGAGAUGAAGUUUAUAAGGAGUCGGCUAUAAAAUCUCUAAGAGCGGAGUUGGAACUGCAACAUAAAAAUAAAGAAUCGGAUUUUCAGUCGCUGAGAGCGGAAAUGCAAUCUCUCAGAAUGGAGCUGGAAGGACGAAAGAAAAUAGGAGCUGAUAAGGAAUCCGAUAAAUGGAUCUUAAGCUCUCAAUCACCCAAUUGUACUGAGACCAAGUUCAGUGGAAUCUUCAACUUAACUCUCCCCAUGUUUAGUAGUCAACCUUUUCAAGUUGCCUGUGAUGCCGAAACUAUGGGAGGGGGGUGGACGAUACUUUUGAAUCGGAAGGAUGGAAGCGUAGACUUCUAUCGCAACUGGACUGAAUACAAAAACGGAUUCGGAGAUCUGAAUGGUGAGUUCUUUUUGGGACUCGACAAAAUCCAUGCAAUCACGGCGGAGAGGAGACAAGAGUUGCUUAUACUUCUUGAGGACUUCGAGGGAAUUGAGAAUUAUGAGACAUAUGACGAAUUUGGAAUCGGGAACGAGGAUCAACAAUAUGUCUUACACACUCUGGGCGAAGCCAAUGGAAAUGCCGGGGAUGACUUACAAUUUUCUAAAGGCGAGAAAUUUACCACAUUUAAUCGGGACAAUGAUCCUGACUCAUGGGCAAACUGCGCCGAAACAUUCCUUGGUGCUUGGUGGUACCCUACUGGCUGUGGUCAAAGUCAGUUGACGGGCAGAUAUAUGGACAAAAGCGCUGGAAAAGGCAUCUAUUGGCUCCAGUUACAUGGUUACAAAUACCACCUUAAACGAGCGGUAAUGAUGAUUCGACCAAAGAAGUGAAUACUUAUUCUUCACAAUAUGAAAAGCUGUUUCUUUAUCAAAGUUUAAUGUCUUGUGAGAUGCAUUAAUCUCUAUACGAAUAUACAUAUAAAAUUUAAAUAUAACGAUGCACCUUCUUCUUU